GGAUCUCGGUUCCUUUAAUAUUUUUGGUCCAGCAAGCCGUUGCGCUAAGUUUGAAUAUUGUCGGAACAUUUGUCCACAGACAAGUCAAGCAUUUGAGAUGCGCCUGUUUGCAGGAAGUUAUGGGGAAUUGCUUCCAAGGCAUGGUUAUAUUGAUGUCUGUAAAGGAUAGAGCGUUCAAUUUGGGACACGGCGAGAUUAGCAAUAGCGUUGACGUUAAAGUCUCACAGCCAAUGGACGACGUCAGUCUUUUCCUUUCGUCCAGAGCCCUAUCCACCAAAACUAGAGUUUCUGAAACUUUUCAAAACAAUCCGCCUUUGGUUAACUGUGUGAAAUCCAAGGUGCAGCCAUGUCAAUCCACAAAUCCCACAUCAAACGUUGGAAUAGAUCUUUCUCAUCAUUCUGAAACACAAAAUGUAACCACUACGAAGAUUAGCGGUAAAAGUUUCAAGCAGUUUAAGCCUAAACAUUACGUUGCAUUGUUCGAUUAUAAUGCUCGGACAGAGGAGGAAACAUUUCUUUCCCGAAGAGAUGAAGUCUUGCUGUUAGCUGACAAUGAUUCAGAUUGGUGGCUUGUACAAAACUUAAGUUCCGGUAGGAAAGGAUACGUUCCAAGCUCGUUUGUUGCGAAAAAAGGAUCAGUUGAAGCUGAAGAAUGGUUUAUGCCCAAGUUGUCGCGUAAGGACUCCGAAAGACUGCUAUUACUGGAGGGCAAUGCGCAAGGCGUAUUUUUAGUACGUGAAAGUGAAACCAGUCAUGGUUCCCUAACAUUAUCUGUACGAGAUGAAGAACGUGGAUUAUCAGGUAUUAUGAAUACAGUGAAACAUUAUCGUAUCAAACAUCCAGAUUAUCGCUAUUAUUAUAUUACAACCAAGUGUAGUUUUUCUAGUCUUCAAGAAUUAAUACAAUUUUACUCAAUUGAUUCACAUGGUUUAUGUUGUAAACUUACAAGGGCAUGUCUGUGUCCACCACCAAUAACCUCAGAUUUAUCGGUUAAAACAAAAGAUCACUGGGAAAUAUCUAAAUCUUCAAUUGUUUUGACUGAAAAACUUGGAGCUGGACAAUUUGGUGAAGUUUGGAAAGGUACAUGGAAUGGUACUACAGAAGUUGCUGUAAAAACUUUAAAACAAGGUACAAUGACCAAAGAGGAUUUUCUAAAAGAAGCUCGUAUUAUGCGUGCAGCUCAACACCCGAAAUUAGUUCGAUUAUAUGCUGUAUGCACAGAAGAUCCUAUUUAUAUUGUUACUGAAUUAAUGUGUAAUGGUAGUCUACUACAAUAUCUUCGUGAUGGACCUGGAAAAAAUUUACUGAUUAAUCAAUUGGUUGAUAUGAUGGCUCAGAUUGCUAAUGGAAUGGCUUAUUUGGAAAAAGAGCACUAUAUUCAUCGUGAUUUAGCCGCACGUAAUAUUUUAGUUGGAGAAAAUAAUUGUGUUAAAGUAGCUGAUUUUGGUUUAGCUCGUAUGGUGGAAGAUCACUACUCUACAUAUAUGGCUCAGAAAAGUACAAAAUUCCCAAUUAAAUGGACAGCACCAGAGGCUGCAUUAAUGGGUCGUUUUACAAUAAAAUCAGAUGUCUGGUCAUUUGGUAUUGUUAUUUACGAAUUAAUUACAUUAGGUCAAGUUCCUUAUCCAUCAAUGAAUAACACAGAGACAUUGCAUCAAAUUGCUAAUGGAAUGGCUUAUUUGGAAAAAGAGCACUAUAUUCAUCGUGAUUUAGCCGCACGUAAUAUUUUAGUUGGAGAAAAUAAUUGUGUUAAAGUAGCUGAUUUUGGAUUAGCUCGUAUGGUGGAAGAUCACUACUCUAUGUAUACAUACGGCUAACAUAACCUGCCCCACCAAAGGAAGUAAACUUGUCCAUAGCCGCAAUUUAUCCUUGACAAUUCUUCUAAUGAGUUUCUAAUUGAAACAACGCCCUUUUAUUUAUACAAACAAUCAUAUUCAAUAACUUUUGUUAAUCUUUGAUUUUUUUGUUAAAUGAUGGAACACCUUUCAGUUUCAUAAGCUUUUACAGUCAGUGUUUGAAUAAGUUUAAUCAUCCUUGAUAAUUUUGUAACAUUCAUCUAUUUUACAAUUACUAAAUGUAAAAAAAAGUUUUUAUAAAUACAACUGGAUCGUUUAAUAAGAUAAUUAUGUUCAACAAAAAAAAAAUUUCCUCUGCUGAAUUGUCUUCAUUCGUUU